GAAUAAAAAAUUAAAAAAAUGGCUCUAACUCUUCGUUCUUCAAUUUCUUUCGUUAAUUUGAAAGAAACCAAAGUCCUAAAAGCUUUUGACGACGUUUCUGCCAAAGUUUUCUUUCCAAAAAUUAAGCCAUCUUUACGUCUCCGAGUAAAGAGUUGUAUGCAAGAAGCACAUCUCACACGGGACAACAACUUCAACGACUCAGAAGUAUCGAGAAACGAGAAAUGGGAGAAGGUUCAUGUGCCAUCUGUUGCUCAUAACCACAAUGAUUCGAUGAGGGUACCCGUGUUUGUGAUGCUGCCAUUAGACACGGUAACAAUGGGAGGGAAUUUGAAUAAGCCAAGAGCAAUGAAUGCUAGUUUGAUGGCCCUGAAGAGUGCAGGAGUUGAAGGAGUAAUGGUAGAUGUUUGGUGGGGUUUGGUGGAAAAAGAGGGGCCUUUGAAGUAUAACUGGGAAGCCUAUGCUGAGCUUGUGCAGAUGGUACAAAAGCAUGGCUUGAAGCUUCAGGUCGUUAUGUCUUUCCAUCAAUGUGGAGGAAAUGUUGGAGACUCCUGCAGCAUUCCUCUACCCCGAUGGGUGCUGGAAGAAAUCAGCAAGAACCCUGACCUGGUUUACACAGACAGAUCAGGGAGGAGGAAUCCUGAAUACAUCUCAUUGGGUUGUGAUUCAAUGCCUGUUCUAAGAGGAAGAACGCCUCUUCAGGUGUACUCUGAUUACAUGAGGAGCUUCCGUGACAGAUUCAGAGAUUAUUUGGGCAGUGUUGUCAUAGAAAUUCAAGUGGGGAUGGGUCCUUGUGGAGAGCUGAGAUAUCCAUCUUAUCCAGAAAGCAAUGGAACUUGGAGGUUUCCUGGAAUUGGAGAAUUCCAGUGCUAUGACAAGUACAUGAGAGCUUCCUUGGAAGCUUCAGCUGAGGCCAUUGGGAAGAGAGACUGGGGAAGAAGUGGACCCCAUGACUCAGGCCAGUACAAUCAAUUUCCUGAGGAUACUGGAUUUUUCAAAAGGGAAGGAACAUGGAAUUCUGAAUAUGGACAAUUCUUCCUGGAUUGGUACUCCACUAAACUUCUUGAACAUGGUGAGAGGAUCCUUGUAUCUGCCAAAGGCAUAUUCCAAACAUCUGGGGUUAAACUAUCUGCUAAAGUAGCUGGAAUCCAUUGGCAUUACAAGGCAAGAUCACAUGCAGCUGAACUAACUGCUGGCUACUAUAACACACGGUUUCGUGAUGGAUAUUUACCAAUAGCCCAAAUGAUGGCAAAACAUGGAGUUGUCUUCAAUUUCACUUGCAUGGAAAUGAAAGACAGAGAACAACCUGAACAUGCUAAUUGCUCACCAGAAGGAUUGGUUCAUCAAGUAAAGAUUGCAACCAAUACAGCAGGAGCAGAACUUGCAGGGGAAAAUGCAUUGGAGAGAUAUGAUUCAGAUGCAUAUGCUCAAGUUUUAACAACAAGUAGGUCACAAUCUGGUUGUGGAUUGACUGCAUUUACUUAUCUAAGAAUGAAUAAGAGGUUGUUUGAGGGUGAUAAUUGGAGGCACUUAGUGGAAUUUGUAAAAAGCAUGUCUGAAGGUGGUAGGAGACAAAGGAUCCCAGACUCUGAUUCUUAUGGGACUGAUCUUUAUGUUGGCCACAUCAAAGAAAUUCAGAAGAAGCAAGCUCAAGAAGUUGCUCUUGUGUGAACAUAGAAAGCAUCAUGUUUAGUGGUCAUUGUAUAGUAUAGUUAAAAGGAUCAUAAUUUUUAUGGAAAAAUUGAAGUAGCUAGAAUUAUGUAGGUAUACGCAAUAAAAAUGGCAUAUUCCAUGCCAAAAACCUGAGAUGAUCAUGAAAGCAUUAUUUUAUUUCAUGUUAAUUUAUGU